GCGGAGGCAGUGGGCGGGCCGAAGCGUGAGGUCUCUGCGUUGCCUGAUGAGGUUUCUCGGCGGCUCGUAGCCUUUGGCGCCGGGGAGCGACUUGUUUCUGCUGCGCGGUCCCUGCCGCCUCAUGGCGGCCAUCGGCGUCCACCUGGGCUGCACAUCAGCCUGUGUGGCCGUCUAUAAGGAUGGCCGGGCUGGUGUUGUUGCAAAUGAUGCAGGUGAUAGAGUUACUCCAGCUGUUGUUGCCUACUCAGAAAAUGAAGAGGUGGUUGGACUGGCAGCAAAGCAAAGUAGAAUAAGAAAUAUUUCAAAUACUGUAAUGAAAGUCAAGCAGAUCCUUGGCAGAAGCUCUGAUGACCCACAAGUUCAGAAAUACAUCAUGGAAAGUAAAUGUUUAGUCGUUGAAAAAAAUGGGAAAUUACGAUAUGAAAUAGAUACUGGAGAAGAAACAAAAUUUGUUAAUCCAGAAGAUGUUGCCAGACUGAUAUUUAGUAAAAUGAAAGAAACUGCACAUUCUGUCUUGGGCUCAGAUGCAAAUGAUGUGGUUAUUACUGUUCCAUUUGAUUUUGGAGAAAAGCAGAAAAAGGCUCUUGGAGAAGCAGCUGGAGCAGCUGGAUUUACUGUUUUACGAUUAAUACAUGAGCCAUCUGCAGCUCUUCUGGCUUAUGGAAUUGGACAAGACUCCCCUACUGGAAAAAGCAAUAUUCUGGUGUUCAAGCUUGGAGGGACAUCCUUAUCUCUCAGUGUCAUGGAGGUUAACAGUGGGAUGUAUCGGGUUCUCUCAACAAACACUGACGAUAACAUUGGAGGUGCACAUUUCACAGCAGCUUUAGCACAGUACCUGGCUUCAGAGUUCCAGAGAUCCUUCAAACAUGAUGUCAGGGGAAAUGCCCGAGCCAUGAUGAAAUUGAUGAACAGUGCUGAAGUUGCAAAACAUUCUUUGUCAACCUUGGGAAGUGCCAACUGUUUCCUUGAUUCAUUAUAUGAAGGUCAAGAUUUUGAUUGCAAUGUAUCCAGAGCAAGAUUUGAACUUCUCUGUUCUUCACUUUUUAACAAAUGUGUAGACGCAAUCCGAGGUCUCUUAGAUCAAAGUGGAUUUACAUCAGAUGAUAUUAACAAGGUUGUCCUUUGUGGAGGGUCUUCAAGAAUCCCAAAGCUACAGCAGCUGAUUAAAGAUUUGUUCCCAGCUGUUGAGCUUCUCAACUCUAUCCCUCCUGAUGAGGUUAUCCCAAUUGGUGCAGCCAUUGAAGCAGGAAUUCUUAUUGGAAAAGAAAAUGAAUUAGUGGAGGAUUCUCUUAUGGUAGAGUGUUCAGCUAGAGAUAUUUUAGUUAAGGGAGUGGACGAAUCAGGAGCCAGCAUGUUCACAGUACUAUUUCCAUCAGGGACUCCUUUGCCAGCGCGAAGACAACACACUUUACAAGCCCCUGGCAGUAUAUCUUCCGUGUGUCUUGAGCUUUACGAAUCUGAGGGGGAAAACUCUGCAAAAGAAGAAACCAAGUUUGCACAGGUUGUACUCCAGGAUUUAGAUAAAAAAGAAAAUGGAUUACGUGAUAUAUUAGCUGUUCUCACUAUGAAAAGGGAUGGAUCUUUACAUGUGACGUGCACAGAUCAAGAGACUGGAAAAUGUGAAGUAAUUACUAUUGAGGUUGCAUCUUAGUGUUUUAGAUAAACCAAGAAUUUUAGAACUUGACUAUCAACAUAUUUGGUUUUAUGUAUAAAUGAUGUUUAUACUAAGAUACUUUUUCAGUGAACUAUGUUGU